GGAUUGAUAUCCUGUGUAGCAGACAGUAUGUUCCUCGGUCAAUAACAAACAGAGAAAAAUGUUAAAAUUUCUUAUUUUUAUGAUUUUAAUCACGAUUUGGCUUAAUUUAAUUGGAGUUUCAGAUGGUCUGAAAUGUUAUUGUGAUUUAUGUCCAAACAGUACAUGUAUAGCUAAUGCUCAAUGUUUAACAGUUGUGGUCAAAGGAAAGACAGGUCUUGUCCAUAGAUUCAGAUGUUUAGAUAAAAUAGAAGGACAGUUUUUAAAUGGAGAGCAUGUAAGCUGUAAUACAGCUAAGAACAAAAAGACAGACAAUUAUAGAUUGUGUUGUGAUGAUUAUGAUUUUUGUAAUCGUGCAUUGAUGCCAACACUGGCGCCACCUACAACAACAACCCCAAGUCCAGAUGAGGAUUUAGACAAACUAGAGUUUGGGACUGUAGAGCUAGUUGUACUGAUAUCAGGUCCAGUUGUUCUUGUCUCACUACUUUUUAUGAUUGGUUUCUUUGCUUACUACCAAUACCAGCACAGGAGACCAUCAGGUUACAUGCUACCACCAGAUACAAGUAAUGCAGAUGUUGCACCGUUCGCUCAGCAAGGGACAGAGUUAUUGAGAGAGAUGAUGAUUGAAUAUUCUGGGUCUGGGUCUGGGUUACCUCUGCUGGUUCAGAGGACUAUAGCCAGACAGAUACACCUGUGUGAAAUCAUUGGAAAAGGGAGAUACGGGGAGGUUUGGCGAGGAAAGUGGAGGGCAGAAAAUGUUGCUGUUAAAAUAUUUUCAUCCCGAGAAGAAAGUUCCUGGUUCAGAGAGGCUGAGUUAUAUCAGACUGUCAUGUUGAGGCAUGAAAAUAUUUUAGGUUUCAUAGCUGCAGAUAAUAAAGACAAUGGUACAUGGACACAGUUAUGGCUGAUUACAGACUAUCAUGAAAAUGGUUCCCUGUUUGACUAUUUAAACAGGACCCAAAUCAAUAUUCCUCAGAUGAUACAGUUAGCCUUGUCUGCAGCUAACGGUCUCUGUCAUCUUCACAUGGAGAUUAUUGGCACAGAAGUUCAUGCAGGCAAACCAGCCAUUGCACACAGAGAUUUGAAGAGUAAAAAUAUCUUGGUAAAAAAUAAUCUGACCUGUUGUAUAGCAGAUUUAGGGCUGGCUGUUCGUCAUGAUAUUGCCACAGAUUCAGUGGAUAUAGCUCCCAAUGACAGAGUUGGAACGAAACGGUACAUGGCUCCAGAAGUCUUAGAUGCUACUCUGAACAGAACUCACUUCGAGUCUUUCAAAAGAGCAGAUGUAUAUGCCUUUGGUUUAGUAUUAUGGGAGAUAGCAAGGCGAUGUUCUAUUGGAGGGAUAGUAGAAGAGUACCAGUUACCAUAUUAUGACAUGGUUCCAUCAGAUCCUUCUUUAGAAGAAAUGAGAAAAAUUGUCUGUGAUGAAAAAUACAGACCUGGCAUACCCAACAGAUGGCAAACAGUAGAGUCAUUGAGAUUGAUGGGAAGAUUAAUGAAAGAAUGUUGGUAUCAUAAUGCUGCAGCGAGAUUGACAACUUUACGGAUAAAGAAAUCUUUAGCGGCAAUGACCUCUAUGGAGGAUACCAAAGUGUACAUAAGGACAGCAUGAGUACUUUUAUAAAGGGAGACAACUACUUCCAGGUGAAAUGCCUUUCAGAAGUGAUGUUGUUGUACAACAGAUUGUGUCACAAGUCAAGUUUUAUUGUUUGUAAGCAAUUACCAUUAGGCUUUUACAUGACUACAUUUUGUGGAAUUGUUAUAUUAUGGGUCUGUCAUUGUUUAUACUUGUGUCAUUGCUGUAACUGGUGGUGCUAUUGCUGUUAACCGUAGUGUCAGUGCUCUUAUGAGUAGUGUCAAAGCUGUUAAUAGUAGUGCCAUUGCUGUUAAAAGUAGUGUCAUUGCUGUUAACAGUAGUGUCAUAACUGUUAGGAGUAGUGUCAUAUCUGUUAAUAAUAGUGUUAUAGCUGUUAAUAAUAGUGUUAUAUCUGUUAAUAAUAGUGUUAUAGCUGUUAUAAGGUAUUAAUGAUGUAAGUGGUACUGUCAUUUCUGUUAAAAGUAGAUUAAUUACUGUUAAAAGUAGUUACAUUGUUGUUACCAUUAGUGUCAGUGCUGUUGACAGUGGUGGUAUUGCUAUUACCAGUUGUCAGUGCUGUGUGAUGAAAAGUGUCAUAUCUGUUAACAGUAGUGUCAUUGCUGUUAACAGUAAUGUUAUUCCAUGUAAUUGCUGUUAAGGUAGAUUGGGAGGGGGUCUAAAUUAACACCAAUAGAAUAUUUUAAUACAUUGCCAAAAUGUGAUUUAUAUAAUGCCUUUUCAAAAAUAUAAUAAAAAGUAAUGAAACACAGAGCUUUUAUUAAGAUUUGGUAAAGAUAAUUCAUCGAAAACCAAUUGUUUGUGUGAAUAGAAAGAAAUUUAAACGAUAGAAUUAUAGAAAAUGAGAAGAGAGCUCUUAUAACAUGCUUUCAGACAAUAAAAAUAAUGGGGCACGAGACACAUUUUCUUGCUUCAAAACAAAAAUUGGUAAAUUUACUAUUCAUUCCUCUAUAAAAGUUAAAUUAAAAGAGUUAUGUCCCCUUAUAUGGCUAAGUUGAUAAAAUUGAAUCAAUGAAAAAAUAUUCUGUUUGUAUAAAAACAGAAUAAUAAUUUUUUUAAAAGAAAACACAUAAUUUUCUUCCAUCUAUAUGAAAAUAUUUUGAAGGAAUUACAUUCCGCUCUCAAAAUUGGAAUAUUUCUUUUAAGAUCCAGACUGAUUGUUUUCUGCUAUUUCACAAGCAAAAAUCACAGAAGACACCUGAUCUACCUUAACAGUAAUGCUGUUGUCAUUGAAAAAAAACUAGUGUCAUUUUGUACCUGAUAGUGUUAAUGCUGUUACCACCAGUGUCCUUGCCGUUACAAAAAGCGUCUGUAGUCAUUGAAGAUCCUGUUGAAAGGCAUUUUUUUAUACCUGUCAAUAUGAAAAUUACAUGUUUUUGUAAUCCUUACAUAAAGUAUAUUGCAUGCUGACAUGUUUGUAAUGUUUUUAGCAAAUUAUAAAAACAAGAUGUUUCGGAUUUUCAAACUCGAUAGAAAAUGAAGAUUUAAUUAAUGUAAACAAGGAAUAUCAAAAUAAAUUAUUUCCUGUAUUUAAUAAAUAUAUUAAUGUAUUCUGCCAUCUACUGUUAAAGAAGCGAAAAAUCAAUUUAAUCUGUUUGUUAGAUACAAGCCUGUUGUUAUUUAUUAUGAAUGUCAGGUUUAACUAAUUGAAGGAUUUGUAUGAUUAGAAUCUAGUUGUAAAACAUUCUCAAGUUAUGUAGUUUUUGUCAGGUUUUUAAGAACACAUUUAUAUACUGAUAUCUGUACAACUCAUCUAGAUCAGUUCAAAUGCAUCAUUUUCAGAAGAUUUCUACAGAUAUAACAUUCAAAAGAGUUUUAAAAAGUAGCAUGAAUUAAGCUAUCUAAAUCAUAAUGUUUUUACUACCCUAGCUGAGAGUAUUUGAAAUGAGGGAUAUUGACAUAUGAGGAUAAGUUCUUUUCAUAUAUUGGCAUUCAUUAUACUGCAAUCAAAAUUUAAUUGAUGGAAUAGAUCAGAAAUACUUAUGUCAUUUCGAAAAUAGUUUCGUAAAUGGCGAUUAUGACAAGCACUAGCAAAACCACUGAAUCAAAUCAUGACUCUAUGGUCAAUUAACAAAUCGAUCUGUGAUUAUUUACGUUUGUAUUAUGCUGCCACUAGGUGUCACCACUCCUCCACAUCUUGUGCUAUUUAUUUGUUAUAUUUUAAUCAUUCACUGCACAUAGUUUUAUUGAUUGCCAACUUGAAUAUUUGUAUGGUAAAGACAAGUAAACAAAAAUUUAAGUAAUAUACCAAACAUUAUAAAGAUAUUUAUGAGGGUCUGGAUGCAUUCAUUUCUGUCUUCUUUAAUUUUUUUGGCCAUUUGCUCUAUUCUUUAUUUUUUCGGUCCAUUAUUCUCUAUCAUGUAUAUUUUAGCACCUUAUUAUUAUUUAUUCUUUACAUUUUAUUGUUUAGUCUGUAUAAACCCCAUCCAGACCCUCUUUCAUCACAUCCAUGGAAAUGAACAAAUCUUAUUGCAUUUUGUUUACUAAUUAUUGCUUUUAGUAGAAGAUUUGUUUUUGUCGUACUUGCUGUAAGGUAAGAAUUUGCUGGUACCUAUUACAUGUACUACAAUGUAUAAUAAACUGACAGGGCAUGGCUUAAGGGGUAGAUCUGGAUUGAGGGAGGUAACUCUGAAGAUCAGUAAAUUGUUUGUUGUAGGCAGUUUUAUCAAUACUUUUUAAGCAUUCCUUUGAAGAAGAAUUAAAAUAAUCUGUAUUACUUAGAAGCUUACAAUGCAUGUAUGAAAAUGUUUGACAUAAACACACUGAUGAUUUUUAAAAGUUAUGUCCCUUGAUCUAGGCUACAUGCAUGUACAUAUUUGUAAAAAUAUCCUAUCUGAGAAAGGGUAAAUGUUUGUAGACUGAGACUGAUUUCUUACAACUAAUAAGAAAUCCAAAAGAAAAGUUUUCAAAGUGAACAGAUGAGAAUAGUUAAUCCUUUACAUUAUAAUAAAUAUAACGCAUUAUUUACUAGGCUAUUAAGCCACAACCAAUGUUGUGAAUUUAAUUAAGUAUUCCACAUCCUAAUUAUUUUUUUUAAUGUGUGUAUUUAGAAAAAUAUAUUAACAAUUAAAAACAUAUCAUGAAAUUUAAAUUUGCAUAAUUUACAGCUUUUCAUUUUUGAUUCCUGGGUAAUGUAAAAUGAAGCUAGGGAGAAACCAUAAGAAAUGUGGCAUGAUAAGUGUAAUCUGAUUUUAUGCAUUAUGUUGCAUUUUGGUGUACUUAUAUUAUUGGGUUGCUGUCUCUAGGUUGUUUUUUUUUUACCUUGCAUCUCUUUUUAUUUAUUUUUUAAAAAAGACAAAAUUUUGUUAUAUAAUUAGAAUAAAGAUAUUAGUCAUAACUGUGUCAUAGGCAUGAUAAGGGUUUUCAAAUAGUACUAUGAAAGCACAAUCUGAAUAGGUAUAGUUCUAGAGAUCAGUGUUUCUGUGGAUUCAUUAUUAUUCUUGGAAUACGACCAUUUGUGGAUUUUGUUGGUAUAAGUAAACCACGAAUUCAAUUGUUCAUUAAAGUACAAAUUUUCAUCAGACUUGUAUGCAGACUUUGGCAAAACAAUGAAAUCGAAUAGCCAUGAAAAUACAAUUGUAUCUCAAUCAACGAAAAUUGGUAUCCACAAAAAUACAGGAUUUCACAGUAGUUGAUUAUUUGGGUUUAUGUUUGUAAAAACAAGAUUUUUUUUAUUUGAACAUUAAAGAGGACCACAUUUACUUAGCUGAGCCAUCUGAUAAAUGUAAACUUGGGAGAUUAAGAAAACCACGUGUAAUGUGUGUUUUUGUAAAUAUUGCUUUUAAAUGUGUGCAAUAACUUUGUAAAUAAAUUUCAGUUCAAUUUAUAUAAUUUCGGUUUACAUUAUGUGUCAAAUAGCGGUGCAUAUUGUUUUAUCUGUUUUGUUUGAGAAAAUAAGAGAGAAUUAAGUCUUGUGUAUGAAUUCCAUUGUAAUUUUCCAUUUUUUAGUGUAUAUAGAUGUAUGUAUCUCUCAAAUACUGAAAUCAGUUUCAAUUUUUUUUUAAUAAAACGAUAAUACCUUUUAAAGCUGACAAUGCAGUUAGGGUUUUGCUCAUUAUUUAAGGUCAUACUGUGAGCCGUAGUUGUUUACAUCAACAGUGUUUUGACUCAUUGGCAAUCAUUCAGCAUCUCCUUAUUUUCACACAUGUAGUUGUCUCUUUUUACUGAAUUGGUAAUACUGUUUGUUUAUUGCUUAACUAUCUAUCAAUGCAGUACAGCUAUAGUGAGUCCCUUAAUAGUAUUUAAGCUAAAAAAAAAUUUUUUAUUUUAUAAAGAUUUUAAUAUCUAUCACAUAAUGGAAUCUUUUUUUUCGCUAAUUUUCAUUAGGGAAAAAAUUGUAUAUGUUGGGCUUGUACUAGCAAGGUCAAAAUAUUUUGCUUAUUAAGGAUGUUCCCUACUCUGUUUCAAAAUAACAAGCUUUUAAAAAGACUUUUAUAAAUUGAUAGUAUAUAAAUAACAACUAAAAAAGCAGAAAAAAUUGAAGGGUCUGUGUACUUGUUUUCGAGAUAUAAGCCAUUGAAAAUUUGGCGGGAAAUGAUUCUCUCUGGAUUUUCCCUACAUUUAACAUUGGUACCUUUUUUCUUUUAAAAACUAUAAAAAAAUUACUAGGAUUUUCUAAAUUUUCAAAUAUGGCUUUUUAAACUAUAUGUAAUAAAAUUAUGAAAAGAAAAGUAGGGUUUAGUAGGCAAAAUUUUUAAUGGCACUACAUGGAUAAAACCCGAGGAUUUUGAAUAUCUGGCAAAAAUUCAAAAAACAAGAGGAGCGAACAUUCUUAAUUUGCUAUUCAUAAUUUACAUUGCAGAAUCAAAAUCAGUUCAAAGUCAAAACAGUGGGGAUUUUUUUUACUGCUUGAUGCAACAUUUUUUUAGAAUAAAUUGGGAUGUGGGAUAAUUCAAAAUAUAAAAUUACAUUUACAAUCUGCCGUACAAAUUCAAAAACUUUACACAUUGGUUUCAGAUAUUUACAUAUUUAGGAUCAACAUUGGCCCUGUGUAUACUUCUAUUUUGACUGGGUUAUGUCCAAUUGUUCAGUAAUUGUAAAUGCAUGUUUAGUUUCAUGUUAUAACAGUUUAUUAGGGUAAAAUUCUUCAUUUUAAAUAAACAUGUAAAUUAGCCACAAAUUUUUAUGUAGUAUUAAUGUGUUAUCUAUAUAUUCAUUUUUAUCCUAGCUUUAAAAGUUGGGAUGAGUCAGUUAAUUUUUGCAUGGGCCAUCAAAUGGCUGUGUAUAUGUGUACAGUAAUGUGAAUGUUUGCGAUGGAGAGAGAAAGAAUGGUAGAGGGAGUUAGGCAUUAAACAUAUGCAGACAAGGUUGGGUAUUAAAUAGUCGUUGUUUAUCCUUUCUUCCCUCAGUUUCAGUUUCUAAGUGAAAUUCCAGAUAUCUUUUUACCCUAUCGGUUGAAUUUUUUUGUACAGUUGUAAUGAUCAUACAUGUAUUGUAAAAUAGCAUUGUAAAAAUGACAACAUGUUCAAAUUUUCAAAUAAAUGUGAUUUGGACAUAUUGAGCACAUGCAAGUACCAAAACAAUAUUUAAAUGAAAGGUGGUGUUCACACAGACAGUUCACACAGACAGUUCACACAGACAGUUCACAUAGCAAACGUGGUAAAAUAUUUAGUUGGUACUCUAUAUUUGUGAAUUCAAAGUAUAUACUGUAAAUUCAGAAAUUAUUGCAUACAUUUAUUAUUGUGGUUUUUGAAGAAUGAACAAAAAUGCUAGUUGAAUUAUUGCAAUUUUUAAAAAAAGCCACAUACAGAUAUAUGUACCAGAUAUCAGAAUGUGAGUACUUCUUAUUGUGAUACUCAAGGAGUCGUAUUAUUCACAUUAAUAAAAACCUCACAAUAAUAUCUGAAUUUACAGUUGCACAAUUUCUACAAAUAAUUACAAAUAUGCAUAUUUUCACACACAUAUGUGAGUGAAAAUCCUGUCCUUUACAAAAAGGUUUUCUCUUCUAGUCCAGAAUUGUAAUAUUUCUCCACGAUACAUAUACUUUGCUUUUUUUUAAAGUUUAUAUAAUACUGUAUUUAAGGUACAAUUCAGAUAAAAAAUUAUUAUCAGGUUUUUUUAAUGUGAUCAUUUGGAGUAAAAAUUACUUAUGAAUUAUUUGUUGUACAUUUUUUUUAGAAUUUUUAGUCUUGGUCUUUCACAGCGGAGAUUGAUUUCCAUAUGAAUGAAGUUUUUGAAUAACGAUAUUUGUUAUUUUUGUUUUAGUUAUGAAUGUGUACAUAUACGUGCUUGCACUAAGUCUUAAGAUUAGCUUAAUAUAUUAAAUGUGUGUAUAUUGUGAAAGAAAUAUUAAAAUGGAAACAACAUGA